CAACCAUCGCAAGAUGUUUGUUUCCAGCGGUGGUAGCACGAGAAAGGAGAAGCCAAUAGGGCCACCAUAGCUCCCAGAGCAGCGGCAGAGGCCUCACCUGAAGCUCCGUCCGCCAUGGCAUUCACGCCCGCUACGGCCUGCUGCAAGCCUUCCCUGGCGCUGGCGCCGCGGGCGGCGUCGUCCCGCGCGCAGGCGGCGGCGCUCCUCUGCACGCCCUCCACCUCCGCGUUCCGCGGCCUCCGGGCCGCGCCGGCCCCGCCGCGCUGGCGCCGCUCGGCGGCGUCCACGGGCAUCGUCUGCGGCAAGGUCAGCAAGGGCAGCGUGCCACCAAACUUCACCCUCAAGGACCAGAACGGGAAGCCCGUGUCGCUGAACAAGUUCAAGGGCAAGCCCGUCGUCGUCUACUUCUACCCCGCCGACGAGACGCCCGGAUGCACAAAGCAGGCGUGCGCGUUCAGGGACUCGUACGAGAAGUUCAAGAAGGCCGGGGCGGAGGUGAUCGGCAUCAGCGGCGACGACGCGGCGUCGCACAAGGCGUUCGCGCAGAAGUACCGGCUGCCGUUCACGCUGCUGAGCGACGAAGGGAACCGCGUGCGCAAGGAGUGGGGCGUCCCCGCCGACCUGUUCGGGACGCUCCCGGGGCGGCAGACGUACGUGCUGGACAAGCAGGGCGUCGUGCAGUACAUCUACAACAACCAGUUCCAGCCCGAGAAGCACAUCGGCGAGACGCUCAAGAUCCUGCAGAGCCUCUGAUGAGUGGGAUUCUGGGUGGGCCAUGCUGCUGCUGCUCCGGGACUAGGUAUGUAGUGUAAUCAAGAGCUGAUAAUUUGAUCGAUCCUGCUUUCAGUCUAUCAUAUCAGAGUUUCAGUCUAUCGUAUCGUAUUCAUAUCAGAGGACCCUGUUUCGUUUGAUCGACCGACCACCCUCUUCCUGUUUGUCACGGUCAGUUUCAGUUGUAACGUUUGUGUGUGUGUGUGUGUGUGUGUGUGUGUGUGUGUGUGUGUGUGUGUGAUCGGCAGUCUCAGAUGUUUGUAGCUUGUUGAACCCAAAUGGGUAUUUAUUUCUGUAUAUGCACGUGGCAGACUACAAGGUGCAAUUUUCUCCCUUGUAAGUAAAAAUAGACAACGUGAAACCUGUA